AUGACUCGCUUCAUCGUUUUCUCUGCAGUCUUUGCUCUUGCCACAGCCUGCAAUGUCCCAGAACACCUGAGACGAGAGCCUCCCGCCAAGACAGUGAUCAACAAUGUCCAUGUCUUUGACGGCAACAAAUUCUCCUCCCCGACCUCGCUCGUGAUCGUUGGCGGAUUAAUCAGCAAUGCCCCCGCGGCCGGCGCCUAUAACGUCGUGGACGGCGCAGGGGGGUAUCUCAUCCCCGGCCUCAUCGACAGCCACUGCCACAUCACCGACUGCUCAUACCUGACUACCAUGCGGCAAUACGGCAUCACGACAGCCCUCGACAUGGGGACGUACCCGUACUCCGCGCUCUCGGCCUGCAAGGCGCAGGGCGUCACCGACAUCCGUGGCUCCGGCGCAGCCGCAACCGUCAACGGGACUGCGAUCAGCCACGCCCCAGGCGGCCUCGAGGCUGCGCAGAGAUUCGUCGCGGAUCGGACCGCCGAGGGAGCGGACUAUAUCAAGGUCUUCCUUGAUACUCUCGGCCCCGACGAGAGCACCGUCGCAGCCAUCGUCACGGCCGCUCACGAGCACAACAAGCUAGUUAUCAGCCACGCAACAGACCACGCCGCGUAUGCGGUCGCCGAGGCAGCCGGUGUCGACAUCCCCUGCCACGCGCCGCUGGACAAACCACUCGACGCAUCCGACACAGCGGCCCUGCACUUCAGCAAGAGCGUCGUCGUCCCAACCCUCAUCAUGAUGCAGUCAGUCACCAACAACACUGGCGCGCCGCUCAGCGUGUACAACAACGCAGCCAAGGCCAGUGUUACCGCAAUGCACGAGGCCGGCGUCCCCAUACUGGCCGGCAGCGACGCAAACGCCAGCCCGUUUGUCCCCGCGAACCCGCCCUUCGGGGACUCUCUCCACGACGAGCUCGAGCUGCUUGUUGCGGCUGGCUUGUCGCCUGUCGAGGCGCUCCGGGGGGCUACCUCGACUGCGGCUUCCACUUUCCGGCUGCAUGACCGUGGGGCGAUCAGGACGGGUUUGCGGGCGGACUUGGUUCUUUUGCGGGCGGAUCCGACGGUGGAUAUUAGAAAUACUCGCGCGAUUGACAAGGUGUGGGUUGAGGGCGUGCAGGCUGAGCUCUGA